AUGGACGGUAGUGAGCCACGCCCGAGAGAGGAGGGCUUCGAUUUCGGUAUUAAGAAUAAAAAUGCGGGGAUGAACAGUUACAGUGUUGAUAAGGAGGGGGAGGAGGAGGAUAUUGCUCAUAAGCCAAGACAGCUACCAGAUGAUCUACCCACAUCGCUGGAUGAUAGAAGGUCUGUGCUGACGUUUCCGGCGGAGACGGAGAUGUAUGAUGCGUGGCAAGGCCAAUCCCAGUUCCUUACUACCCCAGUGCCUGCGAGACCGCUAUCCUUCAACCUUGCGCUCGAUGACGAAAGCCACGAUGAAGAACCUAGCAUUCGCUCCCAAUACACAAAUAGUUACUACCUUGAUCGAGAAGAUAAUUCUACUGCGCGCAUGGAGGAUUCUGACGCGAGAUUGAUAGAAAUGUUGGCAGCCCAGGCUGCGCAUAGGGAGGUGGAAUUCGUCGGUAUGGAUGAGGAUGAUAUCGCCGCAGACGAGAAUAUGUCAAAUAGCGAAAAACGGGAAGUUUUACAAAAGAGCUUGAAUAUGGCAGCCAGCAAUGGUGAUGUAGAACGGGUGCGAAAGCUAGUGAAGGGAAAAGCGAGGGAAUAUGUCGAUGUCAACACUCCGGAUGAGGAGGGGACGGUGCCACUGAUAUACGCUAGUUGUUUUGGACACCACGAGGUAGUUUCUGCCCUUCUUGAGGCGGGUGCCUAUGUCGACAAGCAAGACCGAAAUCAAUGGAGCGCGCUCAUGUGGGCAAUGACGAACCGACACAAAACGAUUGCGAAAAUUCUGCUUGAUCAUGGCGCUUCACCUGAUAUCAAGUCAUCCUCCGGUGGGACGGCGUUCGAUUUCGUACAGCCCGGGACCGACAUUUCGAAAUAUCUAAAUGAGAAUGGGUAUAAUUUUGGUGCAGCGGCAGCUGUGGGUGACUUCUAUGACUCUGGAUUUUCGCAUAACAGGUUUGAGGAAGAGAUGGCUGAGAAUGAAAUGAAAAGGAGGAUGAUUAUGGAGGAGAGUGCAAUAAAUUUGGAAGUUGACUUGUCGAGUUUGGGACUUGACGAGAAGCUUGAUUCUCCAGAUGAUUUCGAGGAUCAGCAGGAAUUUGUGUGGGAUCGAUGUCUUAAUGAUCAGAUGUUUGUCUUCCAAGAGAGCGAACUUGAAAAUAUUCUGGAUAUCGUUAUUACGAACAUGACGCCGCAGCGAUCACCUUCGCAAAAACCCGUCCCAGCCAACCUCCUUUUCCUCAGCGCAAGAUACGCACAUUACCAUUCGAGCCAGGAGCUGUUGGCUAAACUGCUCAUUUCGGCGACUGAGCGGAUUAAUGAGGUGGUGGAGAAGCACCAGUGGGAUAUGACCAUUUUGGCUUUUUGGAUAUCUAACGCAACCCUUCUCCUGCAUUAUCUGAAGAAAGAUGGUGACUUGGUGCAAGCCACAGUUGAAUUUCAACUCCAUCUUGCUGAACUAAUACACGAGAUCUUCAUUCUUAUCAUCCGGGACGCUGAGCGACGCAUGGAUAAGGUUCUGGAUACAGCCAUGCUGGACCACGAGACUAUUCCUGGAUUUGAAGAUGUCCAUUUCCAGAACGAAUGGAAACUAUUUCGUUCAAAGACAAAGGUAAAACCUGAGCCACUGGAAAAGAGGUAUCGCCCUCCGUCACCUAAACGGAGGGCGCAGGUGUCGCCUCGAAAUAUCACGUCGUUACUUUCGUCAACGUUGUUCGUAUUAGAUUUGUACGACGUGCACUCUAUCAUUACGACGCAGGUUCUAGCGCAGCUUUUUUAUUGGUUAGGUGCAGAGCUCUUCAACCGCAUUAUGACCACUAAACGGUAUCUAGCCCGAACAAAGGCGAUGCAGAUUCGUAUGAAUGUCUCUGCACUAGAAGACUGGGCACGCAACAAUAACCGGCAGCCGGAACAUUACGAGAACGGCUCAACGUCAUGCACCGGUGACAUCACGGUAGAUUCUGCUCGCAAAUACCUAGCCCCCGUUAUACAGCUGCUCCAGUGGCUUCAAUGUUUCUCCUCAUUAGGCGAUGACUCCGAAUCCCUAAUCGCGACCCUUCAGCAACUCCAGCAACUCACCCCGAGCCAACUCUUACAUGCCGUGAAACACUACCGGCCCGAAGUGGGAGAAAAGGGCCUCUCCAAAGCCGCAAUGAAGUUCCUUGUCGAGUUACAAAAUGACCCAUCCCGUCUCGACCAAAUCUACCACCCACAAACUCCUAUACUAAAACAGGAAGAAAACGGCUCUUCUCCUGCCACAGACUCGAAAGGCGCAUGUGCUCCGGAGUCGGCCACCACGAACAAUAACCGUGAACCCGAAAAUCCACCACCAACCACAUCCACCGGGGAAAAAGAACCACCAUCUACACCACGUCCAUCUCAUAACAAUGGAUCCUCCUUAACCACCAUCAUCCAACCAAGCCGUUCAUCCACACCGUCUCUUUUCUCCCCCCCCCGAAAACCAGACCCUUCAACACUCCUCCUGAAUCCAUCUAAGACACUCCCAUUUUCACUCCCGACAAGCACGGAUAUGCUUGUAAGCUAUGGUGCUGGGUUUGGGGGUGUGAAUCGGGAGAGGGAGAGAAAGUAUAUACCCUCCGUGCCGACGGAGUUUUUGAACAAGUUUGAUAGGAGCUAA